AUGGAGGAAUGCAGGCUCUCUGAAAAGAAGAAAGAAGAGGAGACCCAGCGAGUGUACGACUCUGUCAAGAACAGAAAAGAGGGCAAAACGCCCUUUCUUCGCGCAACGACCGGCAAGACUUUCCAUUUCAACUUAUAUUCUACGGAUCAUGUCACCCAUUGUUAUAGUUCGCCCCUUUACGCAAGGAAGUACAUCGAGUUCUGCAACCUCGACGAUGAGAACACAGAGCACCAGCCCCUGACGGAGCGAGAUGCACAGCGAAUGUACGGCCACAUAUGUCUGAAUGCGGACCGUGGCUGUGAGUUUGGCCCUUUCGCCUUCCCCAAACACGCGGGUCUAGACACCUACCGAGUGGAAUGCGGCUGUGGAGAGCCCGGCUUCACUAUCCAGUUUCUUAGUGAUGACUACCUGAAGCUUCAACUCCCGCAAGAAAUUGUCUUCAACAAGCCGAAGCCUCCACACAUACCAAAGUUUUUCGAAUUCGUGGGAAUCCGGGUUGAUUUCGAAAAGGUGGCAAGGAAGCGAAAGCGAGAAAGGGAAGAAAGGGAAGAAAGGGAAGAAAGGGAAGAAAGGGAAGAAAGGGAAGAAAGGGAAGGAAUGAAGCCACGACGUCCGCCAUCCCCUAGGGAGAGUUGA